AUGGCACCGCCUCUCGACCUCGGUCUCCCGACGGCCCUCAUCCUCAUCGACAACCAGUUGGCCUUCUGCCACCCAUCAACAGUCUCGCACUGGGGGAGCAGCCGGUCGAACCCGCUCUAUGAAGGGAACCUCCAGUCGCUUCUAUCGGCUGCCCGCGACCGUGCGUCGUUGGCAGCGUCCAAUCCAGUGGAAGUGAUUCACGUCUUCCACUCCUCGACCACGCCCGGAUCUCCUCUCCACCCAAGCCAUCCUGCGCAGGGGAUCCGCCCGUUGGAGUUUGCAACGCCGGCCGCAGACGGCUCCGAGCCCGUGUUCUGGAAGAGCGUUAAUUCAUCCUUCAUCGGCACCGACCUGGCCGCCCACUUGCAGGACAAGGGGAUCCGACAGCUUUUGUUUGCGGGGCUGACGACCGAUCACUGUGUCUCUACAACGGUUCGCAUGGCUGCCAAUCUCGGGGUCGUGGAUGGGUCCGUCGACAACAACGCCGAGACAUUGGGGCCGGAAGGUGCAAACCAGGGCCGAGUGGAAAGGGGGCGGAUUGUUCUUGUGGCUGACGCCACGGCGACGUUCGCCAAAGGGGGCUACGAUGCAGAGACGGUUCAUCACGUCUCUGUCGCGAGCUUGGAGGGCGAGUUCGCCGAUAUCCUCGGGACGGAGGCGGUGGUGCGGGCCUUACGGGGGGUCUAG